ACAGGCUUCACGCCUUUCCCUUUCUCUUCUCUUGAAUAACGACCACAGCCCGGACUCGGACGGACUCAAACCUUGACAGCAGCACACUCGUCGUGACAGCAGCCAGCGCGUCACCUGCACGUAUAUAUAUAGCGGCAGCCCCAACUUGAACCAACCCCACCACAACUACCGAUAGCUCAAUUUACAUGGCGUCCACCGCCAACGACAGGCAACAGCUUCCCAACGGAGAUGCCAGCACAGAGAGGAUCCAAAUCAUAGACGAGAACAAAACCUUCACUCCCGACCUCACACAGCAGAUUGAACGAUGGGGACUGAGGGAUUCUGGGUUCAACUAUAACCUCGUAGCUGUGUUUGGUUCACAGUCUACUGGAAAAAGUACCCUACUUAAUCGACUCUUUGGAACGACUUUUGACGUUAUGGACGAAACAAGACGGCAGCAGACUACGAAAGGUAUCUGGAUGUGUCGAGGCAAGGACAUGAGCGUUAUGGUUAUGGACGUGGAGGGCACCGACGGCCGAGAGCGUGGCGAGGAUCAGGACUUUGAACGCAAAUCCGCGUUGUUCUCGCUCGCCUCCUCCGAAGUCCUCAUCGUCAACAUGUGGGAGCACCAAGUCGGUUUGUACCAGGGUGCCAACAUGGGCUUGCUCAAGACUGUGUUCGAAGUGAACCUUGGAUUGUUCGGAAAGAAGGCUAACGAUGGCACGAGUGGUCGAACUCUUCUCCUCUUCGUUAUUCGAGACCACAUUGGCACAACUCCUCUCGCAAACCUCCAAGCCACUCUCAUUCAAGACUUGAACCGCAUCUGGGACAGCCUGAGCAAACCCGACGACCUCAAGGAUCGCCUACUCUCUGAUUACUUUGACAUGGCCUUCACCACCCUCCCUCACAAAGUACUGGUCCCGGACAAGUUUGAGGCUGAGGUUGCCAACCUGAGGAAGAGGUUCACGGACAAAGACAAUGAAGGGUAUCUGUUCAAGCCUGUGUAUCACAAGCGGAUUCCCGCGGACGGUGUGGCCUUCUACAUGGAGAACAUCUGGGAACAAGUCCAGAAUAACAAGGACCUCGAUCUUCCUACACAACAAGAACUGCUUGCUCAGUUCCGUUGUGACGAAAUUUCAGCGGCUGCUCUUGCUGAAUUUAAUGAACAGGCGAAGCCACAGAAGCGACCUAUCGAGGCUGGCCGUGUUGUCGAGAACCUUGGAAACAUGAUGAGGAAUUGGAGGACACAGGCUUUGACUCGGUACGACCGCGAAGCUUCCCGGUACCACAAGGGUGUCUACACUCGCAAACGCACCGACCUAAUUGCCGUCAUCGACUCUACCCUCUCACCGCUCUUCCUCGGCCAACUUAAAAACUUGCAUAAAUCCUGCCUUGUCACUUUCAAGAAGGAGAUCCUUGAAGGUUUGAAGGGCGACGAAUACGAUUUCGGCACUGUCGUCCAGAAGGCGAGGACGAAAUGCGAGAAGACCUUUAGCGAGGGAGCGAAGGAGGCCGUUGUUGAGGAGGGUGCUGCGGGAUGGAGUUGGGAGGAGGAGAUGGAGUUGUUGAUGGAAGAAGUUGGGGCUGUUGCUGACCAGUGCAGGAAGGAUGAGACCAAGAAGAUGAUAAACUUGAUUGAGCGCAAUGUCAAGAAACUGAUCUCUGAGCCUGUUGAACUGCACCUUACCAAGCCUUCGACGGAUAUGUGGGACAAGGUUAUGAAGACGUUCAAAGAUACUUUGGACAAGGCCGAGUCUACGUAUCUCGCCAAAGCAAAGAGCUUCAACUGCACGGAGGAAGAGAACACCAACGCUCUCGCGUCCUUGAAGCGACGAGCUUGGAUUGUUCUUCGAGCCAAGAUUGAGGAACAAACGUCAGACCAGUCGUUGCUUGGGAAACUUCGAGGGCACUUUGAAGAGCGCUUCCGUUAUGAUGAAGAGGGUGUUCCUCGUGUCUGGAAGCCUGAUGAUGAUAUCGACGGUGCUUUCAAAAAGGCCAAGGAAGAGACUCUGGAACUGGUUCCCUUGUAUUCUCGUAUCAAGCCAACCGACUCUUCCCUUGAAUUCGAGCUUCCUUCGGACGGGUCUUCCGAUGACCUUACCAACGACGAAUUCGAUUUCGCUUCCUCGCUGACCGUAUUGUCAGACACCAAGUCUCUCGACCUCAUCAACAAGUUCCGAAAGGACGCCGAUGCCUAUUAUGUCGAAGCCAAGCGAAGCACUGUGUCAAGCAUUGCGCAGAUUCCAUACUGGAUGUAUGGCGUCCUCGUCGUACUCGGCUGGAACGAGGCCAUGGCGGUGCUUUUCAACCCGCUCUACUUUACGUUUUUGUUGUUCGCUCUUGCUUCUGCGUAUAUGAUCAUUCAACUCGGGCUUACGGGUCCUUUGCUGCAAGUGACGCGUGCCGUUGCUUCCGAGGUCCAGAAGCAGGCGACGAACAAAUUGCGGGAGGUGGUUGGACAGGGCCAGGCAGAGGCUGUCGCUCUACAGCCUAUGCGGGCUCAGCGCCAGAACGAGACAGAGUACGAGAAUGCGAAUGGGGACGACCUGAGACAGCGAUGAUUGUUUUGUUUUAGUUUAUUUGGCCACUAAUCUAUUUGCGGACAAUGGGGUUCCGAAAA